AUGGCCCUUCCCCCCGAGCUGAUUGGCCUUAUGGUGUCAUAUAUCACUGCUCCGCCUUUAAGCCCCCACGAACAGCAACAUGGUCAAUCUCACCUUUCACAAUAUGCCACGGUGGACCGUGUCUGGCAAGAGAUCAUUGAGGAGCGUACCUUCUCCACAAUUUGCCUUGGUACCGCUAAGCGGCUAGAUGAAUUCAGGCGAUUAAAAUUAAACUCGCGGAGGAAGUCUUGUAUUCGGAGAAUCGAUCUAAUCGUGGAACUAGAGCCCUAUGACGUGGAUGCGCGUGCUAGGUUCGAGACGGAUGAAGAGCAUCAGAGGAAUAACAAGCUCUUCACUCAAGCCAUCCAUUCUUUACUCCAAGUCCUAGCAUCAUGGCCAAACAACCCCCAGGGUAUUGAAUUGUCCAUCACAGCGCAGUCACCUAGCGAUAUGAGCGCUAUCCCAGAUCUUCGCGAACGUCGAAAGCGAAGAAAAGCGGCCCGUUUUGAUCGCGUAACGGACCUCCUGCAUCGAAGAUACGAAAAAUCUUAUCUCCAGUUGGAUAAGAUUUUCAAAUGUUUCAGCGUCCCUAUCAUCAGUUCUCUUCAUGUCAGGGAAUUCAUUCUUCACGGCCGUCUUAUACAACCGGCCUCGUGUGCUCGUCUUGCAUCAAAUUUGACUUGUUUGCGAUCAGUCACUCUUGAUCUGAACGAUGAAUGCAAACGAGAUAAAACUUUACGGAAACGCAACCGUAAUGGCUUUGCAGCUCUUUUUCACCUGUGGCCACCCACAGUACAAGAAUUCUAUUUAAACUUCAACCAUUGCCCGCCUCAUAACGACAGAUUCUCCCCUGAAAUUGUUACGGAAAACGACUCGGAUCUUCUUUCUUCGCGUAUACGCGAAUUCUCUCAACAGCUAACGCAUAUCACUAUCCAAGCUGUUAUAGGGAGAGAAGUGUUCUGGCCCUUAUAUCCGGAGGGCAAAGAUGUUAAGCUCCCGUUCUGGCCAAAUCUAGUCUCCUUUUCUGUGAAUUUCGUGCCAAUCACACCGUCCGGAGACUGGCUUUUUGAACGGGACCCUAACGAGCUAGAUAAUAAAAUCGAUUCGGAAGACUCUGAUCCAGAAGGAGAGUACCCGGACUACGUGAGAACAGUCCCCGAGGACCGUUCGGGUGGCUAUAUACGGUCCAAGAUUAUACCAGCAUUCUUCAACGAACUUUAUAGUUCUGCUGGUCAGGCGGCACUAAGAAUGCCCCAACUAAAGUACAUGAGUCUGGAGAUCACCCAGGGUUCUGGAAGGCACUCGUUCCGAUAUGAAAUCAAACAUGGGGCCGCGAAGGUUAUUUGGGCCGAUAUGGCGGGGUUCAUUGGGGCCGAUACGCAUUUCUUCCACCCGGAGGAUAGUGUCUUGCAAAUCUGGAAGGAUGUCGCUUCUCAACAUACUGGAAGUGGUCUUGAGGUUAAGAUCGCAGACGAUCGUGAUAUCUAUUUGGUAUCUUAG